CUGAAUAGAGUAGAACAAUCCAGUAGAGAGAGAGAGAGAGAGAGAGUGGACGACCCAAACACGGACGGUUAGCAGCAACUAUCAAACAACGGCGGCCUGACAGCCAUUUAAAUUAACUAAUUCUUCAGCGGUAGAAAAGAAAAAAUGUGACCAAGUAAGAAGAACACCUUAGUGAGGGCUGUCAGACACACAUGACAACCAACUUUGGUUGUUGUGAGAGGCGCACCAUGGCAUCUCAGCCGAGUAUACACAAUGAAGAAAGGAACCGCCUGCGCCUCCGAGCGUGGGAACAGAGGAACCAAGAAACAAACCAAGCCAAAGAACUCAACACUGAGAAUGUGCCACUCUUUGGGGAACCAUACAAGACAAACAAAGGGGAUGAGCUUUCCAAUCGUCAGAGGAUGCUGGGCAGUUAUGAAGAUGUGAAUAAUCCGUAUCCCUUUGCCAUUGAGCCUUUACCCAUUCCUACUUAUGUGACUUUCUCACAGUCAGAUCAGGCUCAGCCAAACACGGAUAAACCCACCAAGCUUCCAUUCCUCAACCAAGUCCACAUGUCCAUCCAAAGUCAGAAUGCCGCCUCUAGUAACGGUUACUCCUCUCAGCCCAUGAGGAAGUCCACUGGCCCUUUUUCUCCUAACCACCAUGGAGAUUCAUUCACUGUCUCAAAUGCGUCUUUAAACCACAGUCAGCACGGCCUCUCAGCACAUCAACAAAAGAAGAUUGAAGCCCACUCAGAUCUCAGGGAGUGUGUCAGCCUUCCCCAGGAAAUGUUUUCUCAGUCUCCUGAUGCCAAGCCGCCACUCUUCCCACAUUCCAGUGACCAUGAUAACAAUGUCACAGACACUAAGGACACCUUUGAUAGACAUCAACUUCAAGGAUCCACAGAUCACCCCUCUGAGUCUGCCAGUGCCAUGGAUGUUUCCGUAUUUGAGCUAAAACUGUCCCCCAAAGAUGUAUCUCUGCAUCAAGCCAACAAAGGUAACGCACUACCUUCCCAGACCUUCCCUUCACUCCUGUUGUCGAAGCCGCCGAGCGUCGUCAUGACCCAGAAACCAACAGCGUAUGUGCGGCCCAUGGACGGUCAGGACCAUAUGGUAAACGACUCGCCUAAGCUGAAGCUUUCACCAGAGCCAUAUGUACCUUUAUCAGAGUUAAUCAACAAAACUACCCUGGGCAAAAUGAAGAUACUGUCACCAUUUUUGGAGACGAGGACAAAUGAAGUUCAGUGUGUGGAGGACAUCUUGAGGGAAAUGACUCACUCAUGGCCGCCUCUCCUGACAGCCAUACACACACCUAGCUCAGAUGAACCCUCCAAACCCCUGUUCCCAGCCAAGGAAGCAGAGUAUGUCUCUUCAUGUCCAGGACAAAAAAACUGCAAGUCCUCUCCUGCAGAUCCUCCCCAGCUCAUCCAGCAGAGCUCAUCAUCUUCACGUGAAGCAGCACAUUCCAGAGGGGUCGAGCCCGCCAGCUCCAGCGACUCAGAGUGUAGCUCAAGAUCAGAGUCGGACAGUGAAGGCACCAUCGAGGAGCCACCUCACCCCCCUGUGAGCAAAUCAGUUAAACCCGAGCCUGAUCCUCCAGCAGUGGCCCAUGGUGAUUGGCAGCUGGGGAACUGGAUCAGGUCCAGCCAGCCGAUCUGCAGCACUGAGAGUCAAAGCGGUGCACAUGCCUCUGAGAGCCCCGCUCACAAACAGACACCGCCCACUCAAAGCUCCAAGCACUCACUCAGUGUAGAGGUGGUUGACCCCAACACAGAGUCCAAAGCUCAGCCUUCUUCUCACCAGAAAGAGUUCCCCCAGCAGCACAGUGAAAGCCCUCAGGACAACUAUAACCAUCAAAGUAGCCACAAAUCCCUCUCUGCUGAUUUGAACAGCUGUAGCAGUUCCCGGAAACUUUCAUGCAACACGUACUCCUCAAAACCAGCGAAUGCAGGUUUCCCAGGUUUCCCAGGUCGCACUGAAGCAACUAUCAGCGUGACGUGUGAGGAAGAUGUCGCCACGCGAGACAAAAAGCCCUGUUUCACAGAUAGACCCAAGGUAAAGACAAAAACAGGACGUAGCAAGAAAAGCAAGGACAGCAGUGACCCUAAAAGAGACCGUAAGAAGACUUCUAAACACGCGUUACUUGACAAGCGGAAGGCUGGAUCAGGGCCUGAAGUCACGGUGUUGCUCUGUGGUCAUUGUCCAUCGUGUGGUGUGCAAUAUCCUAACCCUUGCUCCUGCCCCACCCAAAGUCCUGCUCUGACUGACCAGCUGACUCCUGCCCUGCCACUCAGAAUCAGUUGUAGCAAACCAAACCCGGAGAACAUCUGCCAGAAGGGCACUAAGGUUCUUCACAAAACUAACCACAAGCACUCAGAGAAAACUGGGCAGACAGCCAAGAGUUCUCUGGACUCCCAGAAGCCCCUUAGCUCCCUGCAGGUGAAGAUUGAUCUAAAUCUGCUCUCAAGAGUCCCCCGGACCGCUGGCAACCACAAGGAGAUACCCAGCAAUCCAAAGAGAUCAGCACUGGUCAUAGAGCAACAUGGAGGGGGCAGUGAUGCUUCUACAACACACAAACUCAUCAAAACCAUCAAAAAGAGUAUAUCUCAAAAUGUUGAGGUAGACAAUACGACUCUUCCCAGGAAGAAACAGAGGCUGGAAAACAAGAACACCCCAUCAACUCAAGCUUCUGUUAAACUGGAACGUUCCAGCAAUUCAAAAGAGGACAGAGAGCGAAAGAAGGCAGAGAAAAAACCUGUUCCCCUGCAGAAGCCUCUGACACCCAAAGACUCUGCUAAAGGCCCAAAGGUGCACAAAUGCAGUUCUGGGGAGUCCCUGGAGUCCAUCAAGGAGGCUAUGAAGAGCAAAGACUCCCGCAAGCACAAGAAGAGCGGUGGAAAGCAUGCAGAACACCCACACUUUAAAAAGCAGAACCCCCCAAAGAGCAGCCUCGCCAUCCCGUCCUCUUCACAGCCCCACAGGGAAGCUUUGAGCAACAGACCCUUGCUCAAAUUGGAGGACAGGCAGUAUCCAGUGAAACAUUACAUAAAGGAGGCCAAAAAACUGAAGCACAAAGCAGAUGCAGAGUCAGAUAAGCUCAUUAAAGCUUUCAACUACCUGGAUGCGGCCAUGUACUUUGUUGAAAGUGGCAUUGCCAUGGAAAAAGAUCCACACAUUUCAAUGUCUUCCUACACUAUGUUUGCAGAGACGGUGGAACUGCUCAAGUUUGUACUGAAACUUAAAAACUCAGUGGACGCCUCUGCUACACCCUCAGAAAAGGACUUUUUUGCUUUAUGUUUGAAGUGCCAGUCUCUCCUGCAGAUGGCCAUGUUUCGCCACAAACACAAAACUGCACUCAAGUAUUCAAAAACCCUCACCGAUCAUUUCAGUAACUCAUCAACAAAAGACGCUUCUGUCUUAACGCCAAAAGUCACAGACACCCCGUCCUACACGCCCAACAUGCCGUCUCCAGCCAACACAUCCAGCUCAGGUCCCGGCUCCAACCACAGUGGCAGCGGGUUGGUUGCGGACUCUGUCGGCAGCACUGUGGCAGUUCCCCAGGCCAUAGGACAAGUGGCGUUCACCUACAUCAACAUCACUACAUUAGUCCUGAGCGCACAUGACAUCUGGGAGCAGGCGGAGGAGCUGUCACAAAAAGGCAGCGGUAUGCUGUCAGAGCUGGACACAGUUUUAGGCCCAUUGAGUCUCACGUCGAGUAUGAGCUCUGUGGUCCGUUAUACGAGACAGGGCGUCCACUGGCUGAGGCUGGACACCCAAAAGGUAAAGUGACCAUCGACCUGCCUCCCUCGACCUUUACUUCACCUCAGUGUGUCAAACUCUCAUACCAACCUGGACAUCGACUCGUCUCAUGGGAUGAGUGUUCUUAAGGAUACAACACUGAUGAUUGCACUUGUUAUUUAUUGUUUUCUCUCAUGUCCACUCUGGUGUCUCUCUUUCUCUCUGGCACUUUUAUGAACAUGGGUUACAUCUGCUGUAAUCCACACAUUUCAUGUCUUGCACCUACAUAGUACCUUCCUCUUCCUAACGUGUUGGAACCAUGUGUGCAUCAAGGCUCUUGAUUCAGGAGUGACCUUAACUAGAUUUGGAUGAAAGCACAUCAAAUAUAACCUAAAGUGCCGAUUGGUGGCUCUGUAAUUCUCCCCAGCCUCGUACAAGUCCGAACACGGAUCUUAUUUAUUAAUGUUACUAUAAGGCACUUAAAUAAUAGGUCAAAUGUAUCAUGAUUUUUAUUUAAUUUCUCUUAGAAAUUAAAUUAAGUUUGCCUGUUUCAGUCUGAAAGAUCGGUUUGGAUUCAGGGAUUUUGUAUUUUUUGAAUUCUGCAUUUUAUUUCACAUACAAAUCAGUGAGGAGGGAUGAAGUCAUUUCUUAUAAAAUAUGUACAGGUGACAGUCUAAUCUUGACUAUGUAGGAAGUAGAGAUAAGUCAAAUAUUGUGCAAUUGUUGCGUAUAAUAAUAUUUAAUCUGCAUUCAAUUAAGUUUACCCCUUGUUGGCAUCUGUAUUUUCAGUUUUUUUUCAAAGAAGUGUUGCCAGGUUUACACAACUUUGGUUAAAUUAACACACGCUUCUUGUGCAAUAAUAAGUGCAUUUAUAUGAAUAAAUAAAAAGGACGUGCCAAGAAUUAGACAUUUGUUCUCCCAGGAUAAAGUACAUGUAGGUUGCCCAUAACGAAGAUAAUUCUGAUCAUGAAUAAUGAGGCAAAGCAGGAAAGGUUUUAUGAUUUCAGGGUUCAGUCUUUGAGGUGUAACUGUGGAAUCGGUGGAAUUUUAAGACGUCAUUUCCGCGUUUGCAUCAUGACCUAAGGUUGGAAAUGUUUGAGAGCUGAUGGACUCAAGUUUCUGAUAGCUUUGUUGUUAUGAGGGUUGAUGGCUGCAGCUCAGGAUCAGAGGAUGUGUCCUCUUUCUCUGGCUGAUAAUGACGACAAGUGACUAGUUUGUAUUCUCGUCACCUAGUUAAAAACAAAUGCGCUUGUGCCCUCCCAUCUUAACUACUUACAAGAACAAAACAAAUGGGUUUAUACUUUAGGUAUAGUAGUGGAUGUAGUGUUUGACAUUAGCCGUGUUUGUCAGUUUGAGUUACCUUUGAAGUAUAGUGGGACUGCCACAGUCGUUCAGCAGAUAUGAAACUACAGUCGUGUUCCCUUUAUUUGUUUUUGCACCAGGAAGCUGCUUUCCUCGAUGUUUCCCACACUUUUGUUUAGUAGCAAACGUUGAGUUGCAAUAUGUUCACUAAAUCCGUGCGAGUAGAAUAAAAGGCCAACCUAUAGCUUACUAAAGAAUGCACUUUGAGUAUUUGUAGUUUAAUUUCUGAGCGUUAUUGGACAAAAGAACACCACGCUCGGAGCGGCAGGACUGUGCUGGUCUUUACUUGUUUAUUGUAACUUUGAUUCAAAGCAAUAAAGCUGGAGUUUUGUUGGUUCCGAUUUUUUAAGUGAGGUGUUGACGUAGUUUUCACGGGAGGUACUGAAAUAGCGAUGCAGGAAAGGAAACAUUUCUUUAGAUUAGCACAUCUUGACAUGAGUACCGUUGGGUUUUGAAAUGUUUCGCGUGGUCAUUCAGUCGGUGUGUCUGUGUGCAAUUUCACGAUAAAAGGGCUAAACGAGGAUCACAAAGUGUUUCUGACUUUAUUUUCCUCACAAAGUGAUAUUUUUUUAAGUAAGGAGCGAGUACACUGGUGCCAUUUGGGAUUAUUUUUAUGUACAGAUCAGCAAUAGAAAUGAGCUUCAGUUUCUUACAGUUGUCUGCACACACACGGUCAUAAAUAGUGCAACUUCAACAGUUUUCUUGUCCUUUCCAACCUGUGGCUUUAUUUCAAUCACCUGUUGUUGCUUCAUUUAUGAAUUACUCUGCAACAAGUUUACACUUCUUGUCAAAUUAUUUACUGGAAAAAUGCUCAGAAAAGGUUUUGAAGGAUGCUUUUUGUGAAAUAUGUAAAGAAUUUGUGUUGCAGUGUACAAAGAUGAAUAAACACUGGAAAAGAA